GUAGUACUACUGUAGAUAAUAUAUAUUCAGCUCAUAUCUAUAGGUUUGGAGUUAAUGAAGUCUACCAUCUCUCUGGUCCGAGCUCCCUAUCGAAAAUUAGUCGACCAUGGCAAGCCCCUCCGAUUUCCCUGUCGCUCAUUCCCGUGCUGUCUUGGAGAGCAGUGAGUUCAUCUUCCCCAAGCUCUAUCUUUUCCAUCCCCUCCGUGACACAGAUGGUGGGCAAAUCACAAUAAUAGAUGUGAAUGGUACUUCCGGUUUCGGUGCGACGAUCGUUAACAACUGGGCGAUACACGAUGGACCGGACCCCAAUGCCGCCAUUGUUGCCCGUGCUGAAGGCCUGCGUAUCAGUGCAGGCAGCUGGCACAAUAGUUUCAGCAUAGUUUUUGAGAUUGCAAGGUUUAGUAAGUCGACGAUUCAGGUGAUGGGGAUAUCUGGAUUAUCUGGAAAUGGGGUUGGAGAUGGUGAAUGGGCCAUUGUUGGUGGGACAGGAGAGUUUGCUAUGGCAACCGGCACCAUUUCCAGAAACUUUUUGGAGCGGCGAGGCGAUGAUAACAUCAUAGAACUUGCUAUCCGCGGAUUCCUUCCCCUCGUGCAACCACCACGGAGCGUAGUCAAGAUUGGGCCAUGGGGUGGCGUUGGAGGGGAACAAGACAUCACAGAUGAACCAUGGCGUCUAGAAAGCAUCACCUUAAACAGUGCUGAAGUUGUUGAUGCGAUUGCAUUUUGUUACAUUGACCAGACUAAUCAGAAACGGACCGCAGGUCCAUGGGGCGGUUCGGGUGGAAGUUCUGAAACUAUUGAACUGGGCCCUUCAGAGCUCUUGAAAGAAGUUUCUGGAACAUUUGGCAGGUAUCAUGGAGUCAGUGUUAUAACAUCUCUUACAUUUGUUACCAGUGUGAGAAUACAUGGGCCUUUUGGAGAAGGAGCUGGGACCUCUUUCAAUACGCCCAUACAGAACAACAGUGGCAGCAUUGUUGGCUUCUUUGGGCGUUCAGCGAAAUAUCUCAACACGAUUGGCCUAUACGUCAAUCCGGCCUAAUAAUGAUGGAGAUGGAGAAAGAGUGAUAGGAAAUCUCCACAUGGGCCCUAGUCGUUACGUUGGUGUCACAAACUCACAAUCAAUUAAAUUCAGAAAUCCUUUUACCUCUAGAGUUUAUUGUCAGUUUUUUUGAAUCCAUAGGGACGUUCUCCAACUUCUCCCUAGAGGCCAAAUAAAAAUACCUUGUAUCAUUAUCGAUCUAAUCUCUGUCGACAGCGCUCAGCGCAUCACCCAAUUAUUAUUUAUUGAACACAUUCCCGACAUGUAUUUGCUUGUGCUUGUUGAUCUGGGUGCAUCGAUGAUCGAAG